AUGCUUGUGUCUUUGGUGUCGUCCAUGGAAACCAUGAUGGAGAAGUUUUGGAGUGUUGAGGAACCUGAGAUUGCUCCACCUCAGUUCACGGAAGACGGUUUGUGCGAGAAGCUUUUCAGCUCCGAGGUCACUCGCGACAGACAAGGUCGGUUUUCAGUCCCUCUUCCGUUCAGAUCAGGACGGAUGCCAGUAGAGUUCCCGGGAUCACGACAAGUCGCCUUAAACCAUUUCCUACAGCUAGAGCGUAAAUUGUCUGCAGAUAAGAUAUUGCACAGGGCGUACUGCAAUUUCAUGUCCGACUAUGAGGAACUAGGUCAUAUGAGUUGUGCGGAAGGUGAUGGUCAAUACUUCAUACCGCAUCACGCGGUCCAAAAGGUUGAAGAAGACAACGUGAAGCUUAGGGUAGUCUUCGACGCAUCACCCAAGUGCCACUCUGGGCUUUCUUUGAACCAGUGCUUGUUGGUUGGGCCAAAGCUUCAACAGGAUAUUGUUGAUGUGUUGACUGGAUUUAGGGUUCAUAAGGUGGCAUUUACAACAGACAUCUGCAAAAUGUACCGUCAGAUUGACAUGUUGCCACAAUACAGAGGGUAUCAGUUUAUCCUGUGGAGAGACUCACCGCAAGUAACCAUCAAGGAGUAUACUCUCAUACGGUCACAUACGGGGUGA